CUCCGCCUGCGUGUGGCAGCGACGAGGGGAGCCUCGCGGCGCCUAGGGCGCGAGCGCGAGAGGAGAGGGAAGGAGGGGGAGGCAGAAAGGGAGAGGAAGGGAGUGGUUGCGAGCCGGGCUGCGGCAGCCUCUGGGCUCCUUACCGGCGGCACCAGCCCCUCCUCCUGCGCCUCGCAAGGCUGUCUCCCAGUCGCCAAGGAAAGAUGCCCUUAACCCAGGGGUGUGAAGAAGGGGGAGAAGUCGCUGCCGGAGCCGCCCGUGCCUUCGCCCGUAUCCUUUGAAUUCGGAAGAGCACUCCCCCGCCCCCCGCCAGGGGCGACGCGAGCCUCCGGCGCGGCGGCCGCGGUGCGGGUGUGAGGGAGACCCGGCUCUGCGCCCGGCGCGGCCCACGAACGACCACCGCCAUGGCCCGGGCUCGGGCGGCCAAGUAGCCGCAGCUCCCGGAGUCCGGGCGCCCGAGCCGCCCGCAGCCCGCCUUCCCACCUCCGGCCGCGCCGCGGGGUCGGGCCCCUGGGAGAAGCCGGGAGAAAAAUGAGGAGUCUUCACCGGAAUUCGUCGGAAAUAGGACUAAUUGCAAAGCCUUAAAAAAGAAGGACGUCGGGAGGAUUAAGGAAAAGCCUUCUCCGGGCUGGACUUGGCGUGCUCUGAGGCGAGGGGCUGCCUCAGGGACCGAGCCCCCUCCCUUUCCCGCUGGAGAAGUCGCCGCGGAUGCAUUAUCCAAGUGGUGGUUGGGCGGAUUUGCAGCAGAAUUUUUGGUUUUCCCUCCCCCUUCUAUACAUUCUGUUUUCUCCCCCUCCCAUAGCUAUUUUCCUUUUUCCUGGGAAGUGAGUUGCUGAUGCAAAUGGGACUUUAUUCAUUGAUGAUGCAGUCGGAUUCGUUUCAGGAUUAUGUUGCACGAAUUGAAUUUUGAAUGAAGAAGAGUUUUUUUUUUUUUUCCUUAAAGAAGUGUGGAUUCUUUAUUCGGUCGUACUUUUAAUUAUUUUAUUUAAACAGACGAUUUAAUUGUAUUCUUUUAAGAUGUAUUAAAUAUAUAUUUGAUGGCAACACCUUCCAGAUAGAUGUAUAUGGGUGAAAUUGAAGACGCUUCAAUCAAGUGAGUUUCUUGGUGUGUUGGAUGUUUAAUUCAGCACCGGCAUUACAUGACAGUUGUUUGAAUAACAAGUGGUUCAUUUUUAAAACCACACCUCUCAAAAUUUAGGCUCAAAUAAUAAUAGUCAAAAGGCAGUAUACGAAUUUAAAGGCAAACCAGCGGAAAUUGAAGCCAACAUGUCUGGCGAAGUGCGUUUGAGGCAGUUGGAGCAGUUUAUUUUGGAUGGGCCGGCUCAGACCAAUGGGCAGUGCUUCAGUGUGGAGACCUUACUGGAUAUACUCAUCUGCCUGUAUGAUGAAUGCAAUAAUUCUCCAUUGAGAAGAGAGAAGAACAUUCUUGAAUACUUAGAAUGGGCUAAACCAUUUACUUCUAAAGUCAAACAAAUGCGAUUACAUAGAGAAGACUUUGAAAUAUUAAAGGUGAUUGGCCGAGGAGCUUUUGGAGAGGUUGCCGUAGUAAAAUUGAAAAAUGCAGAUAAGGUAUUUGCCAUGAAAAUACUAAAUAAAUGGGAAAUGCUGAAGAGAGCUGAGACAGCAUGCUUUCGUGAAGAAAGGGAUGUGUUAGUGAAUGGAGACAAUAAAUGGAUUACAACAUUACACUAUGCUUUCCAGGAUGAUAAUAACUUAUACCUGGUUAUGGAUUACUAUGUUGGUGGGGAUUUGCUAACUUUGCUCAGCAAAUUUGAAGAUAGAUUGCCUGAAGAUAUGGCUCGAUUUUACUUGGCUGAGAUGGUGAUUGCAAUAGACUCAGUUCAUCAGCUACAUUAUGUGCACAGAGACAUUAAACCUGACAAUAUAUUGAUGGAUAUGAAUGGACAUAUUCGGUUAGCAGAUUUUGGUUCUUGUCUGAAGCUGAUGGAAGAUGGGACGGUUCAGUCCUCAGUGGCUGUUGGAACCCCAGAUUACAUCUCUCCUGAAAUCCUUCAAGCUAUGGAAGAUGGAAAAGGCAGAUAUGGACCUGAAUGUGACUGGUGGUCUUUGGGGGUCUGUAUGUAUGAAAUGCUUUAUGGAGAAACACCAUUUUACGCAGAAUCUCUGGUGGAGACAUAUGGAAAAAUCAUGAAUCAUAAAGAGAGGUUUCAGUUUCCAGCCCAAGUGACUGAUGUGUCUGAAAAUGCUAAAGAUCUUAUUCGAAGACUCAUUUGUAGUAGAGAACAUCGCCUUGGUCAAAAUGGAAUAGAAGACUUCAAGAAACAUCCAUUUUUUAGUGGAAUUGAUUGGGAUAAUAUUCGAAACUGUGAAGCACCCUAUAUUCCAGAAGUUAGUAGCCCAACAGAUACAUCAAAUUUUGAUGUGGAUGAUGAUUGUUUAAAAAAUUCUGAAACAAUGCCCCCACCAACACAUACUGCAUUUUCUGGCCACCACCUGCCGUUUGUUGGUUUUACAUAUACUAGUAGCUGCGUUCUUUCUGAUCGGAGCUGCUUAAGAGUAUCAGCUGGUUCCACCUCACUGGAUCUUGAUGCUAAUGUUCAAAGAACUCUAGAUAACAACUUAGCCACUGAAGCUUAUGAAAGAAGAAUUAAGCGCCUUGAACAAGAAAAACUUGAACUUAGUAGAAAACUUCAAGAGUCAACACAGACUGUCCAGGCGCUUCAGUAUUCAACUGUUGAUGGUCCAUUAACAGCAAGCAAAGAUUUAGAAAUAAAAAAUUUAAAGGAAGAAAUUGAAAAAUUAAGGAAACAAGUAACAGAAUCGAGUCAUUUGGAACAGCAGCUUGAAGAAGCUAAUUCUGUGAGGCGAGAACUAGAUGAUGCUUUUAGACAAAUCAAAGCUUAUGAAAAGCAAAUCAAAACAUUACAACAAGAAAGGGAAGAUCUAAAUAAGGAACUAGUCCAGGCUAGUGAGCGAUUAAAAAACCAGUCCAAAGAGCUGAAAGAUGCACACUGUCAGAGGAAACUGGCCAUGCAGGAAUUCAUGGAGAUCAAUGAGCGACUAACAGAAUUGCACACCCAAAAACAGAAACUUGCUCGCCAUGUCCGAGAUAAGGAAGAAGAGGUGGACCUGGUGGUGCAAAAAGUUGAAAGCUUAAGGCAAGAGCUGCGCAGAACAGAAAGAGCCAAAAAAGAGCUGGAAGUUCACACAGAAGCUCUGGCUGCUGAAGCAUCUAAAGACAGGAAACUUCGUGAACAGAGUGAACACUAUUCUAAGCAACUGGAAAAUGAAUUGGAGGGACUGAAGCAAAAACAAAUUAGUUAUUCACCAGGAAUAUGCAGCAUAGAGCAUCAGCAAGAGAUAACUAAACUAAAGACUGACUUGGAAAAGAAAAGUAUUUUCUAUGAAGAAGAAAUAACUAAGCGAGAAGGAAUACAUGCCAAUGAAAUAAAAAAUCUGAAGAAAGAACUACAUGAUUCAGAAGGCCAACAACUUGCUCUCAAUAAAGAAAUUAUGAUUUUAAAAGACAAAUUGGAAAAAACUAGGAGAGAAAGUCAAAGUGAAAGGGAAGAAUUUGAAAAUGAGUUCAAACAACAGUAUGAACGAGAAAAAGUAUUAUUAACUGAAGAAAAUAAAAAGUUGACAAGUGAACUUGAUAAGCUUACUACUUUGUAUGAGAAUUUAAGUAUGCGCAACCAACAGUUAGAAGAAGAGGUGAAAGAUCUAGCAGACAAGAAAGAAUCAGUUGCACAUUGGGAGGCCCAAAUCACAGAAAUAAUUCAGUGGGUCAGUGAUGAAAAAGAUGCACGAGGAUACCUUCAAGCCUUAGCUUCUAAAAUGACUGAAGAAUUGGAAGCAUUAAGAAAUUCUAGCUUGGGUACACGAGCAACGGAUAUGCCCUGGAAAAUGCGUCGUUUUGCAAAACUGGAUAUGUCCGCUAGAUUGGAGUUGCAGUCGGCCCUGGAUGCAGAAAUAAGAGCCAAACAAGCCAUCCAAGAAGAACUGAAUAAAGUUAAAGCAUCUAACAUCAUAACAGAAUGUAAACUAAAAGAUGCAGAGAAGAAGAACUUGGAGCUGCUAUCAGAAAUGGAACAACUGAUAAAGGACACUGAAGAACUUAGAUCUGAAAAGGGUAUAGAGCACCAAGACUCACAGCAUUCUUUCUUGGCAUUUUUGAAUACGCCUACCGAUGCUCUGGAUCAAUUUGAAGAUUCCUUUUCUUCUUCCUCAUCUUCACUGAUUGAUUUUUUGGAUGACCGCUCUCCGUCCUGUACUCCAGCUAGCAAAGGCAGACGUACUGAUCCGGUUGAGAACAUAUACGUACGGAAUCCCAGUGUAAAGGUUUACCUCCAGUCAAGGUCCACAGUGUCUUCUUCCACAUCUAGUGAAGCUGAGCCAGUUAAGACUGUAGACUCUACUCCACUUCCUGUUCACACACCAACCUUAAGAAAAAAGGGAUGUCCUGGUUCAGCUGGCCUCCCACCUAAGCGCAAGACUCACCAGUUUUUUGUAAAAUCUUUUACUACUCCUACCAAAUGUCAUCAGUGUACCUCUUUGAUGGUGGGUUUGAUAAGACAGGGCUGUUCAUGUGAAGUAUGUGGAUUCUCAUGUCAUAUAACUUGUGUAAACAAAGCUCCAACAACUUGUCCAGUUCCUCCUGAACAGACGAAAGGUCCUCUGGGAAUAGAUCCACAGAAGGGAAUAGGAACAGCAUAUGAAGGUCAUGUCAGGAUUCCUAAGCCAGCUGGAGUGAAGAAAGGAUGGCAAAGAGCAUUGGCUGUAGUUUGUGACUUCAAACUCUUUCUGUAUGAUAUUGCUGAAGGAAAAGCAUCUCAGCCUACUGUUGUCAUUAGUCAAGUGAUUGACAUGAGAGAUGAAGAAUUUUCUGUGAGUUCAGUCUUAGCUUCUGAUGUUAUUCAUGCCAGUCGAAAAGAUAUACCUUGUAUAUUUAGAGUCACAGCUUCCCAGCUUUCAUCAUCUAAUAACAAAUGCUCAAUCCUGAUGCUAGCAGAUAGCGAAAAUGAGAAGAAUAAGUGGGUGGGAGUGCUGAGUGAAUUGCAUAAAAUUUUGAAGAAGAACAAAUUCCGAGAUCGGUCAGUCUAUGUUCCAAAAGAGGCUUAUGACAGCACUCUACCCCUCAUUAAAACAACCCAGGCAGCUGCAAUUAUAGAUCAUGAACGGAUAGCUUUGGGAAAUGAAGAAGGGUUAUUUGUUGUGCAUGUCACCAAAGAUGAAAUUAUUAGAGUUGGUGACAAUAAGAAGAUUCAUCAGAUUGAACUCAUUCCAAAUGAUCAGCUUGUUGCUGUGAUCUCAGGACGAAAUCGUCAUGUACGACUUUUCCCUAUGUCAGCUUUGGAUGGACGAGAGACAGAGUUUUACAAACUGGCAGAAACUAAAGGGUGUCAGACUAUAACUUCUGGAAAAGUGCGCCAUGGAGCUCUCACAUGCCUGUGUGUGGCUAUGAAAAGACAGGUUUUCUGUUAUGAACUAUUUCAGAGCAAGACCCGUCACAGAAAAUUUAAGGAAAUUCAAGUCCCAUAUAAUGUCCAGUGGAUGGCCAUCUUCAGUGAACAACUGUGUGUGGGAUUCCAGUCAGGAUUUCUACGAUACCCCUUGAGUGGAGAAGGAAGUCCAUGCAGCAUGCUUCAUUCAAAUGACCAUACACUCUCAUUUAUUGCACAUCAGCCAAUGGAUGCCAUCUGUGCAGUUGAGAUCUCCAGUAAAGAAUAUCUGCUGUGUUUUAACAGCAUUGGGGUAUACACUGACUGCCAGGGCCGAAGAUCUAGACAACAGGAACUGAUGUGGCCAGCAAAUCCUUCCUCUUGUUGUUACAAUGCACCAUAUCUCUCAGUAUAUAGUGAAAAUGCAGUCGAUAUCUUUGAUGUGAAUUCCAUGGAGUGGAUUCAGACCCUUCCUCUUAAAAAGGUUCGACCCUUAAACAGUGAAGGAUCAUUAAAUCUUUUAGGAUUGGAGACAAUUAGAUUAAUAUAUUUCAAAAAUAAGAUGGCAGAAGGGGAUGAACUGGUGGUUCCUGAAACAUCAGAUAACAGUCGAAAACAAAUGGUUAGAAAUAUUAACAAUAAGCGCCGUUAUUCCUUCAGAGUCCCAGAUGAGGAAAGGAUGCAACAGAGGAGGGAGAUGCUACGAGAUCCAGAAAUGAGAAAUAAAUUAAUUUCUAACCCAACUAAUUUUAACCACAUAGCACACAUGGGUCCUGGAGAUGGAAUACAGAUCCUAAAAGACCUGCCCAUGCCAGGUUUCCCUUAUCCAUCCCCUCAUCAUCACUCCGGUCUGAUCUCCUCUCCGAUCAACUUUGAACACAUCUAUCACAUGACUGUUAAUUCUGCUGAAAAAUUUCUCUCUCCUGAUUCCAUAAACCCUGAAUAUUCCCCGCCUCUGCGCUCUGUCCCUGGUACACCCAGCUUUAUGACUCUGAGGAACCCUCGGCCUCAGGAGAGUCGGACAGUAUUCAGUGGCUCAGUCAGUAUUCCAUCUAUCACCAAGUCCCGCCCUGAGCCGGGUCGUUCCAUGAGUGCUAGUAGUGGCCUGUCAGCAAGAUCAUCUGCUCAGAAUGGCAGCGCAUUAAAGAGGGAAUUCUCUGGCGGAAGCUACAGUGCUAAGCGACAGCCCAUGCCCUCUCCAUCAGAGGGCUCUUUGUCUUCCGGAGGCAUGGACCAAGGAAGUGACACCCCAGCGAGAGACUAUGACGGAGAGGACUCUGAUUCUCCAAGGCAUUCCACAGCUUCCAACAGUUCCAACCUGAGCAGCCCUCCAAGCCCGGUUUCACCCCGAAAGACGAAGAGCCUCUCCCUGGAGAGUACAGACCGUGGCAGCUGGGACCCGUGAGCUGCUGUAGCACUUGGACCAGGGUGGCUCUGGCUGCCAGCUCCUCUCCAUUCGGCCCUUCUCUCACUUUUCAUCUCUUCCCUCCACCUUGGCCUGAAGCCCGAAAACGACCAGGGGCUGGUGGCAACAGCAGGGUAGGGACUCUAAGAGUUCUGACAACACACCUCACAGAUCCACACCCCCAACCUAACAGCAGCAACAAAGGCAGACUUCCUUUCAUCAGCUUACAUCAAUAUUGAUUUCAUUCCAUUCACUUAGAGUUGCUUUCAGUAAUAUUUUACUCCUCCCCUAAAAGGUAGCUUAAAUAGACAGAUUACACAAGUGUAAGUGAUAAGAAUAAGAUUAGACAGGUUCUGUUUCACAGUAGAGCCUCACUUUAGUCCUUAAACAACGCAUGGAUUCUCCGCGUCCAGAGGGGAGGACCAGCCCUGGAGCGGCCACUGAGCUCACUCAGCAACCGCAGUGAGUGCACCUGAUUGUUGCCGGGAAGUCCUUAUGAGUGAAAACAAUGCAUAUUUUACUACAAUAAAGAGUUUAAAUAAAUACAUAAAUGUAGAAGUUAAAUACUGAAUGUAUAUAGCAAAAGAAGCAUCUUGUAUUCAAUGAAAGAUGGGUGCAUAUAUGAGAAAGAGAUCAUUAAUUUAACAAAUGUGUUGUUUCCUGUCUGUCUUCCAGCUUGGUCAGGUAGAGAGUAGAAGGGCCUCAGCUGACGUAGAUAGAGGGAGAAGAGAGGACUCAGAGUCCCUUCGGUGCCCUGGUCUCGGCCCGUAGUAUGUCACGGGUGCCUGGGGAGCCUGCAGGCUUGGGUUUUGCUGGUUUGCAGGGUGGCCCAGUCACCAGAGUUUGGACAUUUGAAGCCACUUCAGCAGUGGCAUCGAAAGGUAAACUCACCUCCUCUACCCAAGACAUUUCUGUUUCUGGUGGUACAAUUUGAACCACAUGUCUCGUUUUUUAUCACAUUAUGAUAUCUUCUGCGGGUGAAUGUAGAAAUAUGAUUCUGUCACCUUCUGAUCCCUUAUGUCUCAAAGUGUACAAAGAUUUUCACAGCUUCUGAAGGCCCAUUAAAGGUCAUCAAAGUGCUUUUUUUCCUGGGCUAACCGUGUAUCUCCUUAAGUUACAAUGAGGUGUCCAUCUAAGGACUGGAGACAGUUUCUCACAGAGCACUCUGUUGAGAGCACGUAUGAGCUUUGCAGCUAAGCCUGGGAAAAAAGGGCUUUUGUUACCAAAUAAUGUAAAACCUCAAAAGCAAGGACUUGAACAGCCUUAACCAAAUCUUCUUUACCAUAGCCAGUGGAGAAUGGAUGUGAGUGACUCUAGUGCACAGGCAGGGAGUCAGCCGGGCAUGGCCGUUGUGACUGGAUUCUUCCUAGGUUGCUUUAUUGUUAUAUUUCCAUUUGAAUUCCUGCUGUUUUAAUUGCCAUAAGGAAAUGAGAUGCAGAGCCAGAGUACUUAUUUCUACAGUCAUUUCACCAGUUAAACACAUGAAUAGAACAAGAAAAAAUAAAAUUUAUCUCAUGGAAGUAAAGAGAAUCCGUCUCUUUUACUUUUCAUCUAGUUUCCUUGAGAAAUAGAAACCAUGUUUUUGCCUCCUUCUUUAGAAUGCAGCUAAAAUGAUAACAGUUCUGUAUUUGUGUCCUGGGUUGCAGUGUUUGAGCCCUGUCAUCUCACCACUGGUCCCUGGCAUCCCUCACCCUUUUGUUAGCAAGCCUGCCGCAGGCUGAAGGACCUAAGUGCUUCCCUCAAGUUCCUGCUACUUCGUGGGGGUUACAGAGAUCCAGAGAGGGACAAACGAUCCUGUUGGAAGAUAUUGCAAGAUAUUCUAAUAGAGAAUUUUAAAGAACAGCUUUUACACUUUAGCAUUCUGGAUUUGGUGGUAGCUGGCUCAGAUAUGAUUGCUUUAUUUUGGAUGAGCAUAAUACACUUCACACUUCUAAUCUACUAAAUCUUUCUCCUUUUGGAAAAGAAAUGUCUUGUAAAAGUAUUUAUGUACAUCCAAAUAUCAAGGGUUGAGCCUCAAGUUUGGCAAUUGCUAUAUGACUCUGGAAGCUUCUUAAACUUGGCACUUUGAGAGCAGGGACUGAACGAGGCAGCCAGCAUGUGGGGCGCUUGUGGCUAUCUCCCCUCCCUCCUUCUCCUACACCUCUGGUCCUCUGUCUUUCCUUCUCCUUUCUCCCAGGCAGUGGGGGUCAGACUCAGGCCAAGAGUAACAGGACAUCACAUUAAGCCAUCAGUUUGUGGCUUUGAUGAUCUAAUGAAUUUUUGUUGCCUGUGGUGCUUCUUGUUCAGACAGUGCUUUUCGAAUUGAACUAUAACCCUACUUACAGGUUAGGCUCUGGCGUAGUGAGUUGUUCUCAGCCUCUCAACAGGGCAGAUGAGAGUGCCCCUGAAGGCUUGCUGUGGCUGCCAGGCUGAUCAGGCAGCACAUUCCUGUUCAUCCCUGGGAUCAUCAACCCCAGCAGUCAACAGAGAGCAGUCCCAGGUGCGUUUAGACAGGGGGAGAAGCACUGCCAAGAAAAUCAUAUGGAGGGAAGUUUUCCCAGGAUAACAGUAGCCUGCUGGGCUUACGUCACCCUCAGGUAAGGGGACUGCUACUUUCAGAAGCUUCUGAGAAGCAUGAUUUGAAGAGAUGGGGAAUGGGUUGCAGGGAACCAGAAAAUUAAAGGAUCAUUUCAAAGGGGUCACAGAAAAAGAUCACAGAAGGGGUAUUUUUAUCAGUAUCUGAAAUCAUGCUUUGUUUUCCUGCAGGGCAUUAAAAAAAAUGGGGGCGGGGGAGCAGCAGGGAAUCAUCUCUCAGUAGAAAGAAAAAGUACUCUCAGAGGCAUUUCUGGCAUGGUAUGUCUGUGUCGCUAUUUGGUGCUCUCGAUGUCCAGCCACUUGGUUGUACACUCUUGAAAUUGGACUGAUCUUUUCAUGUGCUUUGGGUGUAUAAAAUCUCACACACACACAAAUGCAUGCAUGUCUUUUUGCCAAAAACAAGCCUUACUGUUUGUCAAGUGAUGGCUAAAGCAGAUUUCACUUCUUUAAUUAUUUUGUAUACACACACACACACACGUAAUUUAUGUUCUCCAAGGGACACAUCUGUAAGGUUAUAAAAUAUAACUUAAAAGGGCCCAUCAAUUUGGUCUUCCAACAAGUUCUUGUUCACAGUCUACAGGAGAGAACCUGAAUUUCUGUAUCUUAUUUCCUGGCUGGCUCUCACCCUCCCUCCUUCCCUAUGGGUAGAAUCAUGUUGUUUUGCCAUGAAGUGGCCACAUCCAUUACUGAGAAAAACUAGUUGUAUUUGUGUGGAAUCUCAGGUAGCACUGAAGAGCAAGGGUGAGUGGACAUCCUAAACCACCAGAGGCCGCAGGAUCCCUUGCCAGCCUUGGCAGUCAUCACAAACACUGCCGUUGCCUGGCUGCGUGGGCGUGGCUGCGGCUUCCCACCACUGUCCAGUCAGAGGCUGCUCAUGCUGCAGGUCAGAUUUUGCCCGAGUACAGGUGCCCUGGCACAACAGGGACUUCACUGGGUGCCACACUUCCCCACCUCUCCCUGGGCCAGUCCCUGAAUUAGAUAAGCCAUGUGGCAUUUCACUGAGCCCAUUUUAAAACCUCUCUCCUAGUUCCCGAGUUCUCUGUGAAGUCCAGCUAGAUAAGGAGGGUCUUGCCCCAGCAGGAGUGCUGCUUCCCCGGGUGGGCCAGGUGGGUGCAUCUUCCAUCCCUGGGACUGACCAGGAGCAAUCACAAUUACAGAGGGGACUCACUACAACAAACCCGGAAAUCUCUUAAAAAUAAAAUGACCUGCCUUUUUAUUUGAUAGUGUACUAUCAUUUAUUUUAUACAUUUUUUAGGGUUUUUUCUCAUUGUAAUAUUAUUGUACAGUUUUGCAUGGCCUAGGUGUAAUCAUUUUUUGUUUGGAAUUUAAUGCUGACAAAUCUGUGUAUGGAAGAGGUAAAAAUACUGCUCUGGCCUCUUCAUCACUCCUUAUGUUGUUUGGUUUUAUGCCCUUAAUGUCUUAGAGAACUUAAGAGAUUCUCUGCUACCAAACAAUGAUGUGGAUUCUUUUGCACAGAAAUAUUUAAAGUGGGAUAGUAAGAAUGUAACAAGACUCCUCACCAAUAUUUUGUGUUGAUAUCCCUUAAUAUUAACCAGACUUUGAUGUAUUGCAAUAAAACAGGGAACUAUUAGA